AAACAUAAACCCCUAUCUUCUUGCCAAUGCACUAAACCUCUCUCUUGAUCUCUGUCAUGGCUUCGACUCCACUCUCCCGCCAAAUCCUCCUUCCCUCACCUCCCUACGUUUCUCUUCCCUCCUUUUCUCUCAAACCCUCACUGCUCUGCUUCAACCACCUUUCUUCUCUGUCCUCCCUCCGCAGAACUAUCCAGUCUCCGGCUGCCAUCGGCCCCGACGGAAAAUACUACCCCACACCAUCUGACGACGACCCACCUGAAGCCUCUGAAGAUACCGCGCAUGGUGUCUCCAAAUUUGAGCAGAUUCACCGCCAGGCCGCCCGUGCCCGCCGCCUCCAAGAGGAGCAGUUCAAGAAGGACCAGCCCACGUUCCUCGCUGCCCUUGCCGACGAAGAGGACGCACCCGACAAUCCCGAUUAUAUUGAUUCGGAUAAUUCUGGGGACGAUUUGUUUGGAGAAAUUGAUAAAGCCAUCGCCCUCAAGCGCAAAGAGUUCGUCAAGCAAGGACUUUUGAAGCCCAAUCCCAAGAAGGAGAAGGGGGUUCAACGGCAAGCCGCUGAAGGGAUUGAAGAAUUGUUGCCGGAGGAGGUCGUCGAUUUGGAGGAAAUUAAAGAGCUUCAAGGGCUUACAGUGAUUCCCAAGGACUCGGUCGAACAUGGGUCUGCGGGAUUUGAUGAGUUGAGUGAUUCGAGUAAUGACGGUAAAGAAAAGGCGUCGCCGUCUUCUUCUCCGUCUUUUGAUAUUGAUCUUGAUAGUUCAGGGAAGUCUAAUGCUAGAAUUGUGGAACCCAAGUUUAAAAUGACCCUGGCCGAGCUCUUGGAUGAGAGCAAGGUCGUGCCUGUGUCAGUUUUUGGUGAUUUAGAGGUUGAGAUUACAGGUGUUCAACAUGAUUCGCGAUUGGUUUGCUCAGGCGAUUUGUUCGUGUGCUGUGUUGGGAUGAAAACUGAUGGGCAUUUGUAUUUGAGUGAGGCUGACAAGAGGGGGGCUGUGGCGGCUGUGGCAAGCAAGGAGAUAGAUAUAGAGGAAACUUUGGGAUGCAAAGCGCUGGUCAUUGUGGAAGACACCAAUUUGGUUCUUCCUGUAUUGGCUGCCUCUUUUUACAGACACCCAUCAAAGAAUUUGUCGGUGAUUGGUAUCUCCGGUACACAUGGUAAAACUACAACUGCCUACUUGAUAAAAGGCAUGUAUGAAGCAAUGGGGCUGAGAAGUGGAAUGUUGAGCACAGUUGCAUAUUAUGUGCAUGGAGAGAACAAGUUGGAAUCACCAAACACAACCCCGGAUGCUGUUUUGAUUCAAAAGUUGAUGGCGAAGAUGAUUCAUAAUGGGACUGAGGCAGUUGUCAUGGAAGCUUCUUUCCAUGGACUAGCUCUUGGGAGGAGUAGUGAGGUUGAUUUUGAUAUUGCAGUUUUUACAAAUUUGACGAGGGACCAUAGGGAUUUCCAUGGCUCGGAGGAGGAGUAUAGGGAUGCCAAGGCCAAGUUGUUUUCAAGGAUGGUGGACCCUCAACGGCACCGGAAAAUUGUCAAUAUUGAUGACCCAAAUGCAUCUUUCUUUAUUGCACAAGGAAACCCUAAUGUCCCUGUUGUGACCUUUGCAAUGGAGAACAAGAAUGCCCAUGUGCAUCCAUUAAAGUUUGAUCUCUCCCUGUUUGAGACCCAGGUUUUAGUUAAUACUCCACAGGGUAUAUUGGAGAUUUCAUCAGGACUGCUUGGGAGGCAUAAUAUUUACAAUAUUCUUGCUACUGUUGCUGUUGGUAUUGCAGUUGGGGCACCGCUGGAAGACAUUGUUAGAGGGAUUGAAGAGGUUGAUGCAGUUCCGGGUAGGUGUGAACUGAUAGAUGAGGAACAAGCAUUUGGGGUGAUUGUGGACUAUGCUCAUACUCCUGAUGCUUUGUCUAGGCUACUUGAUUCUGUGAGGGAGCUUGGACCAAGGAGGAUUAUCACUGUUAUUGGUUGCGGUGGUGAGUGCGAUAGAGGGAAGAGACCCAUGAUGACAAAAAUAGCCACGGACAAAAGUGAUGUGGUUAUGUUGACAUCAGACAAUCCAAGAAAUGAAGAUCCAUUGGACAUCUUGGAUGACAUGUUGUCUGGUGUUGGAUGGUCAAUGCAAGAUUACUUGAAAUAUGGAGAGAAUGAUUACUAUCCACCCCUUCCAAAUGGUCACAGGCUCUUCCUGCAUGAUAUUAGACGGGUAGCCGUACGUGCUGCUGUUGCCAUGGGCGAGGAGGGUGAUAUGGUUGUAGUCACUGGCAAAGGCCAUGAAACAUAUCAGAUAGAAGGUGACAAAAAGGAGUUCUUUGACGAUAGAGAGGAGUGCAGGGAAGCGUUGUACUAUGUUGAUGAGCUUCAUCAAGCUGGAAUAGACACAAGUGAAUUCCCAUGGCGGUUGCCUGAGAGUCAUUGAAAUAGUGAAAGAACAUAGAGACGGCUGCCAGUGUGUUGCUCCCAUUGUCCCUGUAUAAAGUGUGGCAGCUCAUGCUGAAUGCUUUGCAAAAUUUGACGUUAGACAAGAAUCAUGUGAUUACUUUCGGUAAGAGAAGGCAAUUGUGUCUUAAAGUUGAAGGUCACUGAUGGAGGCUUUUUGCCAGGAAAGACAUGGUACGGACUUCAUGACAAUAUCACAUUAAUCUAUGACAGCUGAUGUAGGACAAGUAUUAGAAUUUAGAAAUAGAGAGAGAAUUAGGAGAAUUAGGGGAGAGAACUAGAAAAAGAAGAAUAAGAAGAGGAAGAAAGAAGAAAAAAAGAAAGAAGAAGCAGCAGGAUAGAACAGGACAGAAGAAGAGAGGCAGAACAAAACAGAGAUGAGAGGAAGAAGAAAGAAGUAGGAAUCCUGUGGGAGAGAGAUGGAGAGCAAACUGCAGCAAUCUGAUUCAAAAAGUGAUUACUGUACAAUAACUUGCUUGUCCAGCAUUUAUACCACUACUACUAACACAUAUUUACAUAAGAACCCCAUUGAAACAAGGAAUUACAUAAUAACCCCAAGUACUUAAAUACACAAAAUAAACUUUAAUUAACUAAACUUCUAAAAUAACCAGAAGUUCACAACCUAAAAUAGAAGUCCUAGCUACCAAAUAAACAUCUAAAGCUCUCCAUUGAUGGUUCAUCAAACUCCUGUUAGUGAAAAUGCAACCUUGAGGUUCGAAGUGGUCGUAGUAUUAAUUUCAUGAGUGUGGAACAAAGUUGAAGAUGUAGGCCAAUCAAGAGGAGAUACGAUCUACAUUUUAUCAUCAAUUACUGUUGGGUGUCUAUGUGGAGGAUCCUACAACUGCAAGUAGCAUAGAAGGCUGCAAUAUCCUCUGAUAAAGGAACAAGUCCUCCAAACAAGAAAUUAAUUUAAUAUCCAAAUUUAUUGGCAACUCAAGAAAUAUGCAUUUGGUCCAUAUCCUAGGAUGAUGGGCAAUGUUUCAUUAGAUUUGGUUAAGGAAAAUGUAGAGGGAGAAUAUGUGAGGGAUGGGUCUCUAAAGGCAAGUCCAUGACCUCAUUUUGAGGAGAUUCAUGACUCAUGUUGACAGAAGAAUCAAAAAUUUGUGCAAUAGUAAUACUCAAAUCAUUUAUGCAGCCAUGGUAUUCUAUUAUGCAACAAUUUGGAUGGGCACUUUUGAUAUCCUCAACAAAUUGAGUUUUCUCUCAAACAUCUUGGAUGGAUCCAGGAACACCUUGUGACCAUGGAGAAAAUGAUCUAGACUGAAGAAAUUCUUUAAAAUAGGAAGUGGUGUCAUGGGUUGGCAGCUGGAGCAAUCUCUUAGCUUCCAAAACCAAAUGGUAAGCCUCAAAUAGAGUAAGUGGGAUGUUUUGGAAUAUUUAUAUGCCUUCUGAUUUCAUCCCUCAACCCUUUCCAUGCUAGGUUCCUAAGGGCAUAUUGAUAAAUGAGGUCUUCAAAUUUAAGGCAGUAAUCGGUAACACUAGAAGAAAGUUGUUUGAGACUACACGGUCCUAUAAUUGUUGAGAAUUGCCAACUAGGCAGGAGCCACAUAUACGAAACUGACUCAUUAUUAUUAUUUUUUCCAACCAGAGAGUAAAUAUGGACCAAUGCAAAUUCAUACAAGUACCAAAUAGACAUGCGUUAUUAAAAAUCAAUUUCAAGUAGUGUAAGUUCAUACAAUGUUACCAAAAGGUCCUUGCUCUGAUUUUAUAGUUCCGAGAUAUUCUACAAAUAUUACACUUCAAUUCUUACGAAUACUCCAAGAAAACUCCACUUGUAAACUUGGAUAAAGGUGCUGGCACACUGAACUAAUCCUCCAAAAAUAUGUAUUGAACACCGGAAGAUGGAUUCUUCAAACCAACAUCAAAAUCUUGCAAAAGACAACCAAUUUGUCACAGUAAUUCUCAAAAUACAGUGGCUGGGCUUCAAUUUGAUUGCUGGCACACCUUCAAAACUCUGAAACAUUUCUGGGGGCAGUCCACUAUCUCAAGCUGACUUCCAAUUUCUCACGAUUCCAUGAAAUAAAAGCUCACAAAAUGCAGCAAAUGAAGUCUGAAUCCAAUGUUGUUGCUGAAAUUGUUCUCCAAACAUGCAGCACUGGCUUAACACUUGAAUUUCUCCUAAAUUCUACUUCAAAAUCACAAGGAAUUUUUUUUUUUUUUUUUUUGCAGCUGGAGGUAAUUUCUUGCAAAUCUGGAAGCAGGAAAAUACUGUGGAAGUUUUCUCACUCAAAGACCACUUGCAGAAAGUGUGCAAAUUUGAAGGAGGGUUCGCUGAAAAGUUUCAGCCGACACAUGGGGGCUCUUCAGUGGCCGGACAGCAUGAAACUUCAUUUGAAGGUGUUUCGAGGUCUGUCUUCAAUGGUUUGGGUGGUGUUGCAAGAUGAUUGCAGGAAGUUAGGGUUUCGAACCAGUGGAUGAGUGCAACUUUCUGGAGAAGUUGCAGGCUGAUGAACAGUGCUUCAACUCCUGUAUUUUCUGAAGUUUUGCAUGGUGAUAAAAUGGAUACGGAGAUAUCACGUGCUAAAAUAAUUCAUUAAAUAUUACGUGUUCAUUAUCCCAUUAGAAUGCAAUAACUCAUUUCCUUCUAUAUUUAUCCUAUGUGUCUAUAAAUAAGAACAUUUGUAUUGUGUGAAGUGUGUAAGUGAAGCGAGUGAGCGAGAAGUGUGAGAGUGUUGAAGGUGAGAGAGAGAGAAAAGUGUGAGAAGAGUUGAGUUGAGUUGAGUGUGUCUCCUUUUGUUUUUCUCUCAAGUUAUAGUAUAUUCAGUGUACUCCGUGGAUGUAGGUCAGAUUAAACCGAACCACGUAAAUUGGGUGUUCUAUUUUGUGUGCUUA